CCGGGAGCGGGGCAGUGGUGUCAGUGCUCGCGGGGCCGCGGCGGAGGGCAGCGUGCGGCACGGCGCGCUCCCCGUCGCCCGCUGGUCGGCGCACGAGCUAGCGGAGCGGCGAUCGGGGCGGCUGGCGGCCGGGCUGCCAGCUCCGCCGCCGCCUGGGAAGCAGAGGCAGCUGGUCCCCGUCCAAGAUGCGCAGGGGGCGAACUUGACGAGUCCCCCACCCACGCGGCGCGCUUCCUGCCCCCAGGGGCGCUCCCCUCUCCAGGCGGUGCCCGCACGCGACCCUGCUCCAGGGGCUGCAGCCAGCUGUCUGCCGCGCUUGCUGGUUUGCCAAAGGAGCCGCCCCGGGAAGAAGACCCGGAGGGGAGUUGUUUGCCCGGGGGCUACCUGCCGCCGAGCCCCGGGGUUGGGGCGGCCUGGAUGCGCAGGACCCGGCCCCGCAGCCGCUGACGCCGGGCGGCGGCGAAGUUUGGCUGCUGAGCGGCGGGGCGCAGGGUCACCCGACAGCGGGCAGCCCGGCGGCCGCGGGGGGAGCGAUGCCGGUGGGGGGCCUGUUGCCUCUCUUCGGCAGCCCCGCGGGCGGCGGCCUGGGCGGCGGCCUGGGCGGGGGGCUCGGCGGCGGCGGCGGCAGGAAGGGGUCGGGCCCCUCCGCCUUCCGCCUGACGGAGAAGUUCGUGCUGCUCCUGGUGUUCAGCGCCUUCAUCACGCUCUGCUUCGGGGCGAUCUUCUUCCUGCCCGACUCCUCCAAGCUGCUCAGCGGGGUCCUGUUCCACUCCAGCCCCGCCCUGCAGUCGCCCGCCGAGCACAAGCCCGGGCCCGGGGCGCGCGCCGAGGACCCGGCCGAAGGGCGAGCCCGGCGCGGCGAGGAGGGCGCGCCCGGGGACCCCGCCGCCGCCCUGGAGGACAACUUGGCCAGGAUCCGCGAAAACCACGAGCGGGCUCUCAGGGAAGCCAAGGAGACGCUGCAGAAGCUGCCCGAGGAGAUCCAGAGAGACAUCCUGCUGGAGAAGGAGAAGGUGGCCCAGGACCAGCUGCGUGACAAGGCGGCGUACCGGGGGCUGCCCCCGGUGCGUUUCGUGCCGCCCAUCGGGACGGUGGACCGGGAGCCGGCCGAUGCCUCCGUCCGAGAGAAGAGGGCAAAGAUCAAAGAGAUGAUGAAACAUGCUUGGUAUAACUAUAAACAAUAUGCCUGGGGAUUAAAUGAGCUGAAACCUGUAUCAAAAGAAGGCCAUUCCAGCAGUUUGUUUGGAAGUAUCAAAGGAGCAACAAUAGUAGAUGCCCUGGACACACUUUUUAUUAUGGGAAUGAAAGAUGAAUUUGAAGAGGCAAAAUCAUGGGUUGAAGAAAAUCUAGAUUUUAAUGUGAAUGCUGAAGUUUCUGUUUUUGAAGUUAAUAUACGCUUUGUUGGUGGACUACUCUCAGCCUACUAUCUGUCUGGAGAAGAGAUAUUUCGAGAGAAAGCAGUGGAACUUGGGGUAAAAUUGCUACCAGCAUUUCAUACUCCCUCUGGAAUACCUUGGGCAUUGCUGAAUUUAAAAAGUGGGAUUGGAAGGAACUGGCCCUGGGCCUCAGGAGGCAGCAGCAUUCUGGCUGAAUUUGGGACCCUGCAUUUGGAAUUUAUGCACUUGAGCCAAUUAUCAGGAGACCCCAUCUUUGCUGAAAAGGUAAUGAAUAUUCGGACAGUACUGAAUAAACUGGUGAAACCACAAGGCCUUUACCCUAACUAUCUGAAUCCCAGUAGUGGACAGUGGGGUCAAUAUCAUGUAUCAGUUGGAGGACUCGGAGACAGCUUUUAUGAAUAUUUGCUAAAGGCAUGGUUAAUGUCUGACAAGACAGAUCUGGAAGCUAAGCAGAUGUAUUUUGAUGCUGUUCAGGCAAUCGAGACUCACUUGAUCCGCAAGUCUAGUAGGGGGCUGACUUACAUCGCAGAGUGGAAAGGCGGCCUCCUAGAGCACAAGAUGGGCCAUCUGACCUGCUUUGCUGGAGGCAUGUUUGCUCUGGGGGCAGAUGAUGCUCCCGAGGGCCUGACCCAGCACUACCUUCAGCUCGGAGCUGAGAUUGCCCGUACCUGCCAUGAAUCUUACAAUCGCACAUUUGUGAAACUGGGACCAGAAGCUUUCAGAUUCGAUGGUGGUGUUGAAGCCAUUGCUACAAGGCAAAAUGAAAAAUACUACAUUCUACGGCCAGAGGUUGUUGAGACUUACAUGUACAUGUGGCGACUGACUCAUGAUCCAAAGUACAGGAAAUGGGCCUGGGAAGCUGUAGAGGCUCUGGAGACUCACUGCAGGGUGAGCGGGGGCUACUCGGGCCUCAGGGAUGUUUACCUCAAACAUGACAGCUACGAUGAUGUGCAACAGAGCUUCUUCCUGGCGGAGACACUAAAAUAUUUGUACUUAAUAUUUUCUGACGACGAUCUACUUCCCCUGGAACAUUGGAUCUUCAAUACUGAGGCCCAUCUUCUCCCUAAACUCUGCACUAAUGAAAAAGAAGUGGAAGUCACUGGAUAAUGACAAGACAUGUUACAUUUUACUCUGCUCAUUCCCAUCACUGCAUACCUUAAUAGUUCCUCUUCCGGUAUCCAGGCCCAUGAUGAAUUUUAUUAGUAGGUCUGUGAUUAUUCUCAGUUCUAAAAUUGUUUUGCAGUCUUUUAUGUUUUUUCUCAUAGGCUUAAAUGGGACGCAAAUUCCUUAUCAUAUCCUUUAGUAUUCAGUCAGUAGAUCACAGAUUUUCUUAUUUCACAUAAUCUGUUCUCUCUGGAAUUCAUAAAGGUGUAGUAUCAUUUUUAUUAGACCGAAUAAAAUGGUAUACCAGUGACCUCUUAAUUACAAUUUUGAUUUGACUGCAAAACUUUUUCCUCCUCUAUGAGGAGAUAGUGUCUGCUUUAAGCUGUAAUGUUUUGCCAUGUUGCAAAAAGCCAUAAUAAUAAAUUAAAUAAUAAAAAAAGCUUUUUCCUUUUUAAUUUCAUGUGAAUAUGGUUUGUCUAUCCACCAGAGACAGAUCUUAUAACUGUGACAGCCUCCGUAUGCGGGUCUAUCAUUAUUUGAUAGAAUGUCUUCUAAAAUACUUUACCUACAAUUUAAUUCAAAAUAGAAUGCCAUUCCAAAAAGAUCAUCUCAUGUUGACCUCAUUUCAUUGGAACCACAGUAUAUUUCUGUUGGUGAAUUAUGUUAGUGUUUCCUAAUUUGUGAAUUAAUUUUCAAAUUUUACUUGAAAUGUCCUGUGUCAUUUCUGGAUCAUGUGCUGGUUAAUUUCUUCCAUUCCUCACCACACAGCAAAAUGAGCUUGCAAGUUUGGCAGAUCUCUGCUAUUGCUCAAUUAUGUUUUUUAAAGGGAAAUAGCAUCACUCUUAGUGUGUUAGCUUUCGCUUUUUACUGAACAUAUGAAGAAUCGGGUAUCUCUAAAGAGAGGAUGAAUAUUUCAAAUGAUUUUGCAUUUGCAUUUCAUCUUUAACUUUUUUUUCCCCUUGAAGUAAAGAAAACAUUACAUGUGGCUCAGAUUUUUCAGAUUUAACAAGGGCCCUUUCUCAAAUAUAAGAAAUUAUUUCAUUUCAGUUAAUGAAAGCAGAAUUAACUCUGAAAGAAGCUUUACCAAUGUAUUUAUUCAUGGUCAAUUGAGAAAAAUCUAAUAAACUUUUAGGUCAAAUAAGAAUAUAGUCUACUUUGGUUAAAUUCAAUAUAGAUGUCCCAGCUUGGAAAGAAUAUGUAGGAAUGGAUGCUCCCAAUCCCCCACAAUCCAAUAGCAGAUCAAAAUAAUGAUAUGGUUCUUCAAAGCAUUGUGUUGAGAUAUGAGUGCUUUUCCCAAGAAUAGAUUUGGUGAUACCUUGUGUUUUCUUAUCAUAUUGGAUCAUAUUAUAUAUAUAUGACCCCAAGAGCUAAUAUGGUGAUGUAUAUUCUGAGGUACAAAGACUUUAACCACCUGCUUUCUCCACCUACAGUGGUCAGAUAGAUCAGUGCAACCCCAUGCAUUAAGCUGAAGCAUAUGAAGUUGCUGCAUUUGUAGUUUAAAAACUAUCCAAUGUCAACAAUUUCAUAUGGUUCAACCUAAUAUUUUUAAGACAGUUAUCUUCUUGGAUCUCCAUAGACUUAAUUGUUUUAGGUCUUUCAGCUUUUAAAGGUGUUUCAAAAUAUUUCUUUUGUCUGAAAGGACCACUUUGUGUGACCUGCUCUUUUUUUCUAUAUUGUACAUUGGUAUACAAAGAAUAAAUUAAUAAAAUUAGUAAAUUAAAAAUUUAUUAAAUCAUUAUUAGUCAUUACUUUAAUAAAUCAUUAUUGCCAAGUCAGUGUGUUUUGAGUCCCAGAAUAUCUUCCACUCAUAUGUCUGCUCACCUUAUGAAAUGAAUGGAUAGUGAGAGUUCUUUUGUCCCAGAACAUAAAGGCAAACUAUAAAAGAUUAUUGCAAAAACCAGGCCAUAUGUAUUUAGAUUAUAAUUUUCACAUAAACAUCCUUGGGCUAACAAUUUAAGUUACCUUCUUUUCUUUGCAUUUAAAUUUGAUUUGAAAGAGCACAGAGCUGGUAUGUAUUUCUGCAGCAGGUAGGAUUUUAAUAUCAGGUUUAUGUACACCCUGCACUAUAAUGUACCUUUUGUAUCCUGGUAUAAGUAGGCCAAAAGAUUAUACUAGACAUUGUUCUGCCAAUGGCAAAAAUAAAGUGUUUUCAAUUCUAGAACUUGGAUUUUUUUAACAUAAGUCCCAAAACAACAAAAAUGUAAAGAAGAGAUUAAUAUUAUAGUGAUGUAAUUUAACUAAAGUUAUAUUUUGUGUUAAUUAUUUUAAACAACUGAUGUCUUUAGGUAGACACUGUCUUUCAUUCAUUUGCAGCAAUUUCACCUAAAAGGCAAAUAAUUAAAAUAGUACUUAAUUCUCUGUAUGUGUUUUUGCUAUACUUUGUGCAAUUAAUAUUACACAUAAAAAUUGUGUGGCGAUUUUCAGGACUCGAUGUUUGAUAUAAUUCCUUCAUCUGUGUUGUCCAUCCUUUACAAUGAUUGUUUUUGAUUUGUGCAUAAAUCCAUUCUGUCAUUUCCAACUUUAUAUAAAUCUUUAAUGUUAUGGGAAACAUAAUAGAUUGACACAUAAUUUUUAAAAACUAUAUUUGUAAAAUUUCUCUAUUGUGAAUAAAGCCUUUUAAUAUAUCUC